AUGGAACAAAAUGGUGAGGGUAAACCGAAAGUACCUAUUAUUUUUGACGGAAUGGUAUGUCCACGCUUACCCCCCCUCGUAAAAGAUGCAAAGGAAAGGUUUGAAGAAAUAAGGGACCUGCCUUGUAAGAAAGAUGACGUUUUACUGGUUAUCUAUCCGAAAUCAGGAACACACUGGGUCUGGGAAAUUGUCUGCAUGUUACUAAAAAAGAAAGCCGAAUACAUGAAAGAAUCAAAGGAAUUCUUCUUUUUGGAAGCCAUACCAGACAUGAGUGUAGUUCAUAAUCUUGUCUCUCCAAGACCACUGAACACGCAUGUACCAUACAGAUGGUUACCAAAGCAGCAUAUAGAAAAUGGAGGAAAGAUUGUCCAUGUUCUGAGAAAUCCUAAAGAUGUUGCAGUGUCGAUGUAUCAUCAUUUCAACAGUACUCAAGAAUUUGUUGAACCUUUAGACUUCAAGACAUUUUAUGAGAAAGUUUUCAUGGGCCCAGUUCAGGUAUUUGGAGGCUGGUUUUCAUUUGAGAAGGAAUUUGAAGAAGCGGAAGCAAAAGACACACGUUCUGCUAUUUUAACACUGCAUUAUGAAAGUUUGAAAAAGAAUCCAAUACAGGAAACCAAAAAGCUAGCAAAAUUUUUAAACAUUGAUGUGAACGACGAACUUAUAGCUGAAAUAGUAGACAAAUGUAGCUUUAAAAAGCUGAAAGAAGCUACUGACACAGUGAAAGACUUUAUAAAAAUACCUGCAGUUUCAGAGGAAAUGAAACAUGGAGGAAAAGCUAAAGAGAUGAUGUCAAUGUUGUAUCGUAAGGGGGAGAUUGGGGAUUGGAAGAAUCAUUUUACCGUGGCUCUAAAUGAACAGUUUGAUGCAGUGUUUAAUUUAGAAAUGAAAGAUUCUAAAAUUCAAGUGCAAUAUGAAUGAAAGAAUCUGUUCACAAAGAUGAUUAUUAAUGGGAAUUCUAUGAACUUUUAUGGACAUUAAAACGCAAGAUACAAAAAGAAAAUUGAGCAUGGGAAACGUUAUAUUAAUAUAAUUCUUGAACAAUUUAUUAAAGGUUCAUUAGAAAAAGACAUAAUUAUAUUUCAUACUUAACUUGAAAAAAAUGUUUAAAUGAUGCUGUUUCUUCAAUAACACGUUAAACUGGCCAUUGUACAUUUAGAAAUGUGAAUAAAAGAUAACUCCAGCAUCUAAAAGAAUGGGAAAAGUGGGAGUGAACAUUAGUAUGCCACAAGUCCCUGUAUGUAAAACCUUGGAUCUAAUUCAUAUUUUAACCUCAAUUUUGAAAAGGAAACAACAGUUGCGAAAUGCGGAAAACAUACACUGUAAAAUGGAAAGCAA